AUGGUGAUGAAGUCCUCGGGCGAUAGGAGCAUAGCCAACGGUGGUCUAGCAGUUAGAACACCGGAUCCUUUUCUGCGUCCCGCUACAGAUCCAGAAUGUUUACAUUCUCCGAUCACGGCUGGUGAAAAUGGACCGGACGGUAUUAAUUCAUGCGAACCUCUGCCACAGCGAAGUGGUAUUUCCCUAGGAGAAUCCUUUGACGAUGAAUCAUCGCCUAACCCAGUUGUGCGUACUCUGAAUGUGGCUCAUGGCAAUCCGGAGGGACUUGAUAUACUAGCUCACGCAGCCGAAACGGAACUAUCGCACCAGAAUAUAGCUGACAAAAGAUCUUCUGGAGUAAUGAAUUGCGAGAAGGGAGAAGUCCAUCAAGCCCUGGGAUCAACUAGUUUGGCUGUCCAAGGGAUUCGAACACAUGAAUUAAACAGCAAUGGGAGAUCAUGCCCUUUGGAAGUGUCAACUACUAGCCCAAGCUCAGUGGGUGUACCUGAAUACGAAUACUUGACUCUGACUACCUCAGAAAACCACAGUUCCUCAAUCAAGGGUGCUUUUGCAUCUGGCUUGGGUUAUGAAGAAUCAGCAGUCGCAGCUAGCGUGGAAAGGACCCCUGGUUUUCAGGAAACCUCACCGCUAAAUCCCCGGUGUUUCUCUAGAAAGCGACGCUUUGUGGAAAUAGGCGACGACUACAAUUCUACACCCGGCCUGGCCGCGCAGACCACUGAUUCGGGCCGUCCAACUAGAGACACCGGUACUGGGACAAACACUAGUGUUAUAGAGGACGAAGGCGAAGAGCGAAGACCCCGCCAUAUGUUGGAUCCAAGCAUAGUCGGAAUGCGGGAGUUAGAAGUGGGUGAAAGCGAGGCUUCUACUACCCGCGAGCAAGAAGUUUCACAGUUCUACAAAAACAGCAACUUCCAGGCCACAUUAGCAGGAACCAACUUGCAAUCAGACCCGACUUUGAGCAUUAGCCUAUUCAGUCAGAUCGAGGCAGACCUCACAUUACAGCUAACCUUGUUCAACAAUCCCGGCGGAAUCGCGUCGGAUCGAACCCUUAGCAGUGCACUAUUUGCCGAGGGUCUUCUUGCUCUAUAAGAUUUGAUGCUCAAGUGUGUUUUUAUUUCUUGUAUAGUGCCUCCCCCAGGCUUUGGAAAUCUAAUUACCAAGUCCUCAUCCAUUAUCAGAACCUGGUUUAGACCAAGUUGCAACCCCUCCUCUGGAGCUUGCAUAAUCUCCUUGACAUCCUGCAUCUUGUGUGAACCCUUGAUGUACCUUGGGAACCCAACAUUCUUGGACAGCACAUGGUCUACUGCCUUUAUCACCAAAACCUUCCCUGGUAGUAUUCUCCAAGGCAGAAGGUGAAUAUCAUUCUCCACCAUUGACAGUAUUACUGUAUUCUUUAUUGCUUCCUCAUAUGGACCGCACAGAUGGGAGAUGAAUGGAUUGCUUGCUAACUAUUAAGUAUCAGUAAGAUGUUGUGCUCUCAAACAAU